CGCAGGCACAUUUCUCAUCAGCCAAUGAGAAGCCAGGCGAGGCGGGUGUAAGAGUGAAGGCGUACCUCAGAGAAGAUGGAUUUCCAACAGCAUGGAUACCGGGCAACAAAGCCCAGAGCCAGAGCAUCUCCGCCCAUUGGGGGUCCGCUUCUUUUUGAUGACACCAGUUCUGGGCCCCCACCCAUGAACAACCAGAACUACUAUAGUUCAGGAUAUAAUAUGGCUGAUGCAUCGGCAGGAGGUCAAGAUCCUGGAGCGGGCAGCCUCUUUGCUGAUCCAGUGGCCAGUGCUGCCAUGAUGUAUGGCUCAUCACUUGCCAAUCAAGGCAAGGAUAUUGUGAACAAAGAGAUCAACCGAUUCAUGUCGGUGAACAAGCUGAAAUAUUUCUUUGCUGUUGAUACCAAAUAUGUAUUGAAGAAACUGUUGCUUCUCAUGUUCCCAUACACGCAUCAGGACUGGGAAGUACGUUACCACAGAGACACUCCUCUCAUACCACGCCAUGAUGUCAAUGCUCCAGAUCUCUACAUACCCACAAUGGCUUUUAUCACCUACAUUUUACUGGCUGGAAUGGCUUUAGGAAUCCAGAAACGGUUCAGUCCAGAGGUUCUGGGUUUGUGUGCAAGCACGGCUCUGGUUUGGAUCAUCAUUGAAGUUCUUGUCAUGUUGCUCAGUCUUUACUUGCUCACAGUUCACACAGACCUCUCAAUGUUUGACCUUGUUGCUUACAGUGGAUACAAAUAUGUGGGGAUGAUUUUCACAGUGUUGUGUGGACUGCUCUUUGGCAGUGAUGGUUACUUCGUUGCUCUUGCUUGGUCUUCUUGUGCCCUCAUGUUUUUUAUUGUUCGUUCUCUAAAAAUGAAAAUCCUGUCUUCAUUCUCAGCAGACUCCAUGGGUGCAGGAGCGAGUGCCAAGCCCCAAUUUCGCUUGUACAUAACCCUGGCAUCAGCUGCCUUUCAGCCACUCAUCAUUUACUGGCUCACUGCUCAUUUGGUCAGAUGACCUACAGUAUUUAAACUAUGAAGGAACUUUCAAAUGACAAUGCUGGACUGGGAUGGUUUUAUUUUUUAGCAUUGUUACAGAAAAGUGGCUUACCUUGAUUGUGUUUUUAUCCACAAAGGAUUUAUGGGGUCUGAUCUUCAACACUGGCUCCGUCAGCAAUGUCAUCUGCAGAUCAGUUGUUGAAAAUAUAAUUUAAUAUUUUUACAGGAUUGUGUUUUUCUGUUGUUGAAAAUGGGAAAAUAACAGUUGGACUGCUCUUGUGUCUUCGCCAUGCUGCUUUAGUGUCACAAAAUCCAGACUUCAUUUUAAGAGGCAUGCUGAUUUAUCUGCCCUGUGUUGUGAUUCUUGUGUGAUGUGCAAUUGGUGAACACAUGAUCAACUCAAGUGUCCUUCUUUCUUCUGUGCAUGAACAGCUGUUUUCUUCUUUAUAGCAAAAUAAAUCCCAUAAAUUCGACUUUU